AUGACAUCAAAACGAAUAGCAGAUACACAUGGUAUUGCUACUGCAUGUGCAAAAAUACUUUCAACAUUUAUAAAACUUCAAGCGAGAAAUGCCGAUGUUUUGUUAAGAACGUCAAAUUGGCGUUGGUCGAUCAAAUAUCCACAACGGUUAAGUGAGAAUGCAAAAGUCACCAAGGAAUCAACAAUCGGGCAGGAAGCACCAACACACACCAUAAAAGAAAAUAUCAUACAAUAUUACGAAAGAGUUCAUGAUUUUGAAUCCACCUCUGAGGCACCUAAUAAACCAUCUUUCAAUAAAGAUCCUGUUGCCAAUGUUCGCCCAGACGUUACUUCUGAUCAUAUGGCUUCACCUGAGAAAUCUUAUGUCCUCAAAGAAUCCAAAAUUCCAACCACAAGAAUUUCUCGAUUAUUUCAUUAUGGCGGAUUGGUCGUUGGAUUGGGUGCUGGGGCUGUUGGUGAGGCGGUUCGUAGAGCAACCGGUGUAUCAGAUGCUAAAGGAAGCUCCGUACUAAUGAGUGAAGCCAAUAUCGAUCGAUUGGUUAGUAAAUUAUCAAGGAUGAGGGGUGCAGCUUUGAAAUUGGGACAGAUGAUAAGCAUCCAAGAUCACGACAUGCUGCCAACCCAAAUAGGGAAACUUAUGUUAAGGGUUCAGAAUAGUGCGAAUUAUAUGCCAAAUUGGCAGAUGGAGAACGUUCUGACGAAGGAACUUGGUCCAAAUUGGAAAAUUAAUUUCCUAAAUUUUGACCCCACGCCAAUGGCCGCCGCAUCAAUAGGUCAAGUGCACAGUGCACAACUCGCUUCAUCAGGAAUACCUGUAGCCAUCAAAAUUCAAUAUCCCGGUGUUGUUGAAUCCAUAGACUCUGAUCUUAAUAACCUGCGAAUGUUAGUAAGAGCCAGUAAUUUACUACCUAAAGGCCUUUAUCUUGAUAAUACUAUAAAAGUGGCCAGGCGAGAGUUAGCAUGGGAGACAGAUUAUGUUAGGGAGGCUGAGUGCAUGGAAAGAUUUCGAGAUUUAUUGAAGGAUGAUAAGAAUUUUUCGGUGCCUCAAGUAGUUAAAGAAUAUUCCACAAAGAUGGUGCUGACGAGCGAAAGAAUGAUGGGUGAGUCAUUAGCUUAUGCGGUUAACUAUAAACAGGAGCUGAAAGACUGGAUAGGAGAAAAUAUCCUGCGGCUUUGUUUACGAGAACUAUUCGAGUUCAAGUUUAUGCAAACUGAUCCCAAUUGGACAAACUUCCUUUACAACGCUAAUACUCAAAAGAUUGAAUUAGUAGAUUUUGGGGCGAGCAGAAGUUUUGAUGAUCAUUUCACGGAAUGUUACUUGGAAAUAUUGAAAUCAGCGGCAAAUCAGGAUAGAGAAGGAUGUGAAUAUUAUUCCCAGAAGAUUGGUUUCUUGACGGGAAUUGAAACCGAGACAAUGAAGAAUGCUCAUGUAGAUUCGAUAGUAACAUUGGGAGAGCCGUUUUCAGUUGCAACCUAUGAUUUUUCGAAACAAACGAUCACCAACAGAAUAAGAAAUUUAAUACCGACUAUGCUGAAGUACAGAUUAACGCCGCCGCCAGACGAAACAUACAGUUUACAUAGGAAAUUGUCUGGUUCAUUUCUGCUAUGUGCCAAAUUGGGAGCGAAG